AUGAAAGAGAAUCAGGCUUUCUUUCUUCACCUGACCAGUUUAACACCAGAGGAUAGUGGGAACUACAGCUGUGAGUAUGUAUAUGCUGGACAUACAAAGACUCUUCAUCUUAACAUCACUGUGGAAGAGGAUGAGGAGGCCCACGAGUCCCAAACAACAGUAAUUGCCAGUUCUGUUAUAGGUGUGACUGAGCUUGAAGACAUUGAGCCGUACAGCACCUUCACACAAAGACAGUGUGGCCUUUAUUCAACUAUCAAAGAGGUAAAGCAGAUCGUCCUCUAUUCGGGAGAUGGUGGUUCGAUUCUCGGCUCCUCCAGUCCUCAUAUUGACAUGUCCUUUGGCAAAGAUAUUGAACCCCAAAUUGCUCCCAAUAGCUGGGUGAUGGUGACUUGCUGCACUGCUGCUGAACUGUCAGUGUUGUUUGUACAUCAGUGGAGGAAGAUGUUGAAGUUCCUGAUACUUACCAGUUUGCUGUUGGAAGCCUGUACAUCGCAGAUUACUGGAUAUGGAAACAGAACAGCUGAUUACGGCGGUGAUGCACAUUACCACUGCACACUGCAGAACCCAACAGGUGUGCUCCAGGUCACAUGGCAGAGGUUGUUCAAGGAUAAGUCCAUAGAGAAUUUGGCAACCUACAGCGGGCGGUUUGGAGAGCAAGUGAACGAUCCUUACCAGCAAAAGUUGAUGUUCACAAAGGCGUCUCUCAACUCAACAUCUAUCGUUUUCAGGAAUUUAACAUGGGAAGAUGAAAGCUGUUAUAUUUGCUCGUUUAAUGUGUAUCCGGAUGGUUCCCAAAGAAGACAGAUUUGCCUCACAGUGCAAGGAAUAUCCAAGGUGGAAACUGGCGUGCAAGUUCCCAGCCGAGAACAAGAGGACAAAGAUGUGAUAGCUGUGUUUAGCUGCUCAGCAACAGGUAAACCAGCGCCCACCAUUCAGUGGCAGGUUUCACCUCCUGCGAUCGGCUCAGAAGAAGCAGAGACUAUCACCAUAACGAACAGUGACCACACUUUUACCAGCAGCAGCAACAUCACACUGAAAGUAUCUGCCAACUGGAGGGGAAAUGUCAAUUGCCUGGUGAAUAAAGGAAGGAGGGGACAGAGGCAGGAGUUGAUUCGUUUUCCUUUACGUGAAGGAAAUAUAGAGGACACAAAGGAGGGUGGAGGAUGGGCUUCAUUCUGGAUUGCAUUUGCGAUUAUUGUUGUAGUGGUGUCCUGCGUUAUUGUUACUGUUGUGAUCAAGAGAAAAAAGUGA